AUGAUGAACGGCACUGGUAUUAAUGGAAAAGAGAUUAGAGCUAUUUAUCAUGUCCAUGAUCCAAGUUUUCUUCGAAAGCGGGGGAAUCUUGAAGAGUCCAUCGACCACAAAGCACUCUACGACACAUUUCGGAGUUUUGGAUCCAUUCUAAGAUUCAAAUUGGCUACUAAUAAUGACACUGGUCGUUCAAAAGGCUUUGGCUUUGUGCAGUAUGAAAACGAAGAAUCAGCUCUCAAAGCCAUUGGUUAUUUGAACGGAAUGCUUCUUAACGAUGAGAAAAUAUAUGUAGGACCUUUUCUUCAGAGAGAUUCUCCAUACGAUAAGGGGUUCUUCACUGAUAUUUACGUCAAGAAUUUCUCCAAGUCAUUGGCUGAUGAAGAGCUUGAGAAGAUUUUUGGAGAGUUUGGACCGACGACGAACUGUCUGAUCAUAAGGAAAGGUGAAGUUCGUCAAGGAAAGUCUAAAGGCAAUGGUUUUGUUUGUUUUGAAAAUCCAGAGGAUGCUGAGAAAGCUGUUGAGGCUUUAAACGGGAAGAAGUUUGAGGACAAGGAGUGGUUGGUCACGAAAUCGAAAAUGACGUAUAAGAAUGGAUAA